UCUUCCCGAGUAAAAAAAGAAAAAAGAAACUAAAAAUAAGCAAUUACGCAGAGAACCUAAAGGUACAACCCUAAUCAGCACAAAAAAUUGCUGAACGCCUGAAUUCCCGUACGCCGACGAACUUGCCCCUCUCGUCGACGAUCAACUUCUGUCUUCACUCAAUAGCUGCCGGAACCCUAGUAUCCGUUGUUCGGAUUUCCCUAUAAAUCGACAUGGUCGAGGUUGAGGCUUCUCCACCUGAUCUCAACAACGAAACCUCUCCUCCUCACCACACAAUUACAAUGCUGCCUGGUGAAAGAGAUUAUGCAAUGGGAAAGAGGAAGGAGCAGGAUAUUGGUGAACCUGAAGGGAGCAGAAAAAAGAAGAAAAAGCAAGUUGCCAAUCCUCGUCCUGCCUGUUCUUGGGUGCACUUCAGCCGUGACUUUAUUAAAGAGUAUAGUGCUACACAUCCUGAAUCUUCAGGCCUGAAAGCUGCCACAAAGGCAGCCUCAGAUGCAUGGAAGCUGAUGAGUCCUGAAGAAAAGGCAAAGUACACUACUCGUGCCCGUGAAGUGUGGGAUAAGUACCUGAGCUCGACACCAGCCCGCCCUCCUAAGCCAAGAAGACAGACCAAACUAGUUACGAGGUGCUCCCCGGGCCGCUUGCUAAAUGUCUUGCAACGGCUCACGCCGGACCAGAAGGAGGCCGUAAAGAGCAUGGGCUUUGGUAGCAUCCUUGGCCUCAGAUGUCGAACUCUUCGAAGAAGCUUGUGUCUUUGGCUAUUGGAAAGGUUCAAUACUGUAAGACGCAGCUUGGAAAUCUGUGGUGAGAGGAUACCUUUAACUCCAAGAGAUGUGGAACUUGUAAUGGGCUUGCCUGCUAGUGGGAAAGAUGUGGUGAACUCAGGGUCUGACGAAUUAAUUCUAGAAUUGCGUAAGAAAUACAAUGCGACCAAUCGUGGGAUUUCUGUCCGUCUUCUGGAGGAACGACUUGCAGCUCCGGAAGCUGGGGAGGAUUUCAAAAGGUCAUUUGUGCUUUAUGUAAUGGGCACUCUUGUGUGCCCAACUGCAAGGCUGGACGUAAGCCCCUCUUUCCUCCACUUUUUGACAAAUAUGGAUGUACUCCAUCAGUAUAACUGGGGCAAGUUCUUGCUUGACCGGUUAGUACGGGAGAUAUCUCGCUUUCGUCAAGGGAAGCAACGGGCAGUUGGGGGCUGUCUUUUGUUCCUCCAGCUAUUUUACUAUGAGAGUGUUGCUGUUGGAGCAGCGUAUGAAUCGGCCCCUGUAGCUUUUCCUUGCUUAUUCUCGUGGGGUGAGGAGGAGAUUAGUGAGAGAGAAAAGCAAGAGAAGGAACUUGGUGGUUAUGGCUCAGGGGAGGUAGUGUGCAAGGAGAGAGGACUUGGGAUGGGGUCAUUUGGAUACAAAGCCCAAACUGAUUGUAUGCCAUUGAGAGCAGUGGAACAAGUACAAGAGCUUUCUCAUGCACAGGACAUGGAAGAUCAAGAAGAUGAGGAUACCUUCAUAGAACAGGACUUACUUCGAUGACCCAGAGGCAAUGAUAAUCUAAGUUGCUCCGGCACGGCAGCUUAGGUGUCGCACCGUGUUGACACGACACUAGUAUUGGUGUGGGAAUGGGAUCCGUACCGGAUCUGGUUAAACAAUUUUGGGUACUUUGACCACGACAGAUGGAAAAUUUCGAGACGAGAUACAAUUUGAUUCCCGAAAUCAGAAUCAAAAUUAGGGUAAAUUUAAAGAGAAUAGCAUACCUUAUCUAGGAAAUCAAUCCUUUACUUAUCUUCAACUUGAGAAUUAAAAAAAAUCCACACUUUACAAGCUAUACGUAAGUAUUCCACAAAAUUUCUCAUAAUUUAGAGAUAUUUUAUAUUUUAUUUUCUCGAAUUAUUUUUUGUCGGAUCCCCGCACCCGUAGCUGUACUAGGAUCCGUAUCUUCGUAUCUUAGAAUUUACAUUUCGAAGGAUCUGACCUCUAGAUUCGCACCCGUGUCGGACACCCGCACCCUCGUCCGAGCAACUUAGAUGAUAAUGAGUUGUCGUUAGAUAUUUAGCUGGUGUCUUGCUCAACUCAUAGAUUGAAUUACUAAUGAGAGUAAUGAUGAAUAGGAGAUCCAAAACCAACAAAUAAUUUUGCUAUACCCACAUACAUGUGGAUUUCAUCUUGGCAGCAAUAAACUAAUUGCUGCUGUAUGUGGGAUAUUUCCAGAAUGAUUUUAUUGAUGUCUAUGUGGAAGUGCGAAAGUUGUCUUUUCUGCUACUAUAUUUCAUGGUUAGAUUAAGACGGUUUGACGUUGUAUUAUCUUUUUCGAUAAGAACUUCAAUGUUGUAAUAUCAUGUUUCAAAUCUCAGAGCCCUUUAUAGAUCUAGACAUUUACAGUUUUCAGCCCCCAGGGCUUUGAUCUAGUGGUAAAAGCUCGAACGCAUGAUGUAUGGGUUAGACGCACGUCACGAGUUCGAACCUUACUGGAGACAAAAGCCUGCAAUUUAAGUGGGAAGGAUAAAGGGGAUCCUCCGAGAAAUCCCUGAGGGACGACAAAAUCAUGGAAUUUAAGUGGAGUAGGGUAGAGGGGUGGUCCCAUCAUCCACCUUGUUUCGAAUCGUGCCCCAUUGGCUGGUGGUAACGAGUUAGGGACGACAAAAUCAUGGAAUUUCUUUUUCUUCAGAGCCUGAUAAUGAAUGGUGGUGUUAUGUUUUUAUAUGCUCAUAUUUCCGGGAACUUGGUAACGAGUUAGGGUAAAUUUACUUUUGAGGAUCUCUGAGCCUAAGAGGCUUUCACAGUCAUCUCUCUCUCUUGGUCUCUCUUGCUUUUUCACUAAAAUCAGUUUGCAUGAUAUACGUUAUUUGAAAUAUUCUCUUGACAUUGUUGAUCAAAAUGGAUUUGCCGAU